GAGUACUAAGAAGCUCUGUGCUGUUAUGCUAGAUACAAUAGGCCCUGAAUUGCAAGUUCUUAAUAAAAGUGAAAAAUCGAUUGCACUGAAGGCUGAAUCAUCGGUUGUUUUGACUCCGGAUCAAGAUAAAGAAGCAACUUCAGAUGUAUUGCCAAUCAAUUAUGAUGGAUUAGCAAAGGCAGUAAAGAAAGGAGACACCAUCUUUCUAGGUCAAUACCUGUUCACAGGAAGUGAAACUACAUCAGUUUGGCUUGAGAUAUGUACUUUACCUGGAAGCGGUGCAGCAGAUAUGUACUCGAAUUGUAAGCAGCGGAUAUAUACUCGAAUUUAUAGAACAUGUUUGCAUCUCCGUGACUGA